AUGAGCAAUCAGUACCAGGAGGAGGGCUGCUCCGAGAGGCCCGAGUGCAAAAGUAAAUCUCCAACUUUGCUCUCCUCCUACUGCAUCGACAGCAUUCUGGGCCGGAGAAGCCCGUGCAAAAUGCGGCUGCUGGGAGCCGCGCAGAGCUUGCCCGCCCCGCUGGCCAGCCGCGCUGACCAGGAAAAGGCUAUGCAAGGCUCCCCCAAAGGCAGCAGCGCCCCAUUUGAGGCCGAGCUGCACCUGCCGCCCAAGCUGAGGCGCUUGUAUGGCCCCGGUGGGGGUCGCCUCCUCCAGGGCGCCGCGGCGGCGGCGGCGGCAGCGGCGGCGGCGGCCGCGGCGGCGGCCACGGCCACGGCGGGGCCUCGGGGGGACGCGCCGCCACCGCCCCCUCCCACAGCGCGGCCCGGGGAGCGGCCAGACGGCCCGGGGAGCGCCGUGGCCGCCGCGGCGGCGGCCGCUGCCGCCUGGGACACGCUGAAGAUCAGCCAGGCGCCGCAGGUGAGCAUCAGCCGCAGCAAGUCGUACCGCGAGAACGGGGCGCCCUUCGUGCCGCCGCCGCCCGCGCUCGACGAGUUGGGCGGCCCGGGGGGCGUCGCGCAUUCGGACGAGCGACUCGGCGCGGCCAGCGGCCCCGGCGGGGCCCAGGCGGCGAGUGGCGGCCCGGGAACCGAGGACGACGAGGAGGAGUUGUUAGAGGAGGAGGAGGAGGAAGAGGAGGAAGAGGAGCUGCUGGAGGACGACGAGGAGGAGUUGCUGGAGGACGAUGCCCGGGCGCUGCUCAAGGAGCCCCGGCGUUGCACGGUGGCCGCCACUGGGGCCGUGGCCGCCGCCGCCGCCGCCGCCGCCGCCGUGGCCACCGAGGGCGGGGAGCUGUCGCCCAAGGAGGAGCUGCUGCUGCACCCCGAGGACGCGGAGGGCAAGGACGGCGAGGACAGCGUGUGCCUGUCGGCGGGCAGCGACUCGGAGGAGGGGCUGCUGAAGCGCAAGCAGCGGCGCUACCGCACCACGUUCACCAGCUACCAGCUGGAGGAACUGGAGCGAGCCUUCCAGAAGACGCACUACCCCGAUGUCUUCACCAGGGAGGAACUGGCCAUGAGGCUGGACUUGACUGAGGCCCGAGUCCAGGUGUGGUUCCAGAACCGUCGGGCCAAGUGGCGCAAGCGGGAGAAGGCCGGCGCCCAGACCCACCCCCCGGGGCUGCCUUUCCCGGGGCCUCUGUCGGCCACGCACCCGCUCAGCCCCUACCUGGAUGCCAGCCCCUUCCCCCCGCACCACCCCGCGCUCGACUCGGCUUGGACCGCCGCCGCCGCCGCCGCCGCCGCCGCCUUCCCGAGCCUCCCGCCGCCGCCCGGCUCGGCCAGCCUGCCGCCCAGCGGGGCCCCGCUGGGCCUGAGUACUUUCCUGGGAGCCGCUGUGUUCCGGCACCCCGCCUUCAUCAGCCCUGCGUUUGGAAGGCUCUUUUCCACCAUGGCGCCCCUGACCAGCGCGUCGACCGCGGCCGCGCUGCUGAGACAGCCCGCCCCGGCCGUGGAGGGCGCCGUGGCGUCGGGCGCGCUCGCCGACCCCGCCACGGCGGCCGCAGACAGACGCGCGUCGAGCAUAGCGGCGCUGCGGCUCAAGGCCAAGGAGCACGCGGCGCAGCUCACGCAGCUCAACAUCCUGCCGGGCACCAGCACGGGCAAGGAGGUGUGCUAA